AGGGACUGCGCUCAAUCAUCACUGACCGCCGUCGUACUGUUCUAGUUUCCGUGACCGAGGAUGGCCGUCGGACAGCACCCACGUCAAGCUCAUCCUCAGGUCGCUAGGCCGUCUCGUCCUUUCUCCCCGCCUUAGGAAUAGGUAAGCCGACCGAAACAGGCAAGUUCAUCACUUCCAGUCAUGCUCCACGUCACGCCCUAUCGAUGCACUUCAUGCACAGCAGCACAACUAUAUGAACUCGACAAUAUCCUCUCAUGGCCGCUCUUGUUUGAAACGUGCACAAGCUGUUUCACCAAGGCAUUCACCACUGAUCUCAACCAGGCCAGGGCAUGCAUGCAGCUGCAAUCAGUCAUGGCUUCUCCUCCAAUCCAUUACCUUCUGCCAAUCUUCCCAGGCUUUCAGCUCCUUGACCUGGCUGGGCCGCUGGACAUACUGAAUCUCCAUUCAAUCAUAUCGGAGAACACUGAGCUCUCUCUGAAGUUCAUCGCGGAGUCGCUUGAUCCAGUCCCAUCGAAACCUAUUGUGCCGAAAUCCGCCAACUGGUCCUUCGACCUACAAAGCGCUUUUCCACAGAGCGGCGGAAAAGUCAAUUCUGCCUUCAAUGAGUAUCUCCAGCCGGACACCACGUACGCAGAGUUUCUGACAGCGAUUGAGUCGGGUGUGAACAACCCAACCGUCGACGUACUGCUUAUCCCUGGUGGAAUAGGCACUCGACUGCAACGCAUGCACCAAGACGGAAGCAAAAGCUCGAAUAUUCAGAGUCUGCUCGACUUCAUACCAAAGGUGGCACCUCAUAUUCGCACUGCCAUCGUAACCGUUUGUACUGGAUCCGAUGCGCUAGCUCAAACGGGACUGCUCGACAGCCGCCGCGCAACAACAAACAUGUCGCGCUUUGCAGAGGUUGCAAAGCGCAACCCAAGCGUCUCGUGGCAGCCCGCAGCUCGAUGGGUCCGCAGCAUUCCCUCCGAGGCGCAGGACAGUACGCCCAUUGAGAUUUGGACUUCUGCAGGAAUUAGCGCUGGUAUGGAUGUGACUUUGGCAUUUAUUGCUCACCACUACGGUGGCCAAGAUGUGUCGAGAAACUUAGCAAAGGAGUUGGAGUAUGACUGGCGUGAGAUUGCAGAAGGGGACAAAGAUCCGUUGUAUGAGAAGUACUAUAAGGUCUGAUCUUGCUUUUCUUGUGAUCAGCGAGUUGGUGCCGGAAUGAGCGGCUCUUGGAACAUUGCCUGUAGGACGUGCUUACAUCUGCAAAACCCAGGCUCUCUUCGUCAAGUUCAAACUGGCUUUGUAGGCUGCCCAAGUAAAGCCGGUCGAUCCCGCUAUCCUUCCUACAAAGCCAGUUUGGACUUCGCAGUUGUCUGGUGAUCUGCCUUUGCAACUUGUCGACUCCACGACCUGGCGCCUUGCCAAUUACCGCCAAAACAUAUUGUGCU